GGAUCGCAUCAACAGUGAUCGUGUACAAGAAGUUCGGCGUAAUGAAACAUUUCGAAGCCCAGUCCAUAGUGUCAACAGUGCAGUUCAGUGGCCUGGGAUUGUUUCGACACCAUGUAGUGAAUUGAUAUAUUUCGAUGGUCCUACUGACACACUUCUCACGAACUUCUUUGACGUCGCGUUUAUGCCGAAGCAAACCUUCACCUUGCCAAGCCGACAGACCUGUCACUGGCGCGAUCAGGGCAGGUUCACCGACUCAGUAUUGACAUCUAUCUCCAGUUGAAUGAAGACACAGAAACCAGGGAAGUUUGGUCAGCACUUCGUUAGCUAAUCAUUUUAAUGGUCGCACACCAGAGAUAAAUAUGGCAAAUCCUCUAAGGUCACAAGUUAUACAGCUGUACAAAACGCUCCUUCACCUGGGCAAGGAAUAUCCAAAAGGGUUUGAUUACUUUCGUCCCAAAUUGAAAAGUGCCUUCAUGAAAAACAAGCAUCUUAGUGAUCCAAAGGACAUUGAAAUGAUGAUUGCCAGAGGGGAAUAUAUUGUGAAGGAACUAGAAGCGUUGUACAUGUUACGGAAAUACAGGACAUUGAAACGGCGAUAUUACGAUUGACACAGAUACAUGUUAAAUAAUUCAUCCUAGUCAAUGGUGUGCAUCUUGUGUGCCAGGCAUGGGCAAAAAACCGAUCGCGAAAAUUCAUGUUGUGAUUGAUGCAAACACGUUAAAUAAUCCUGAGGAGGCAGUAGAGUACGUCUUGGGUGCCUUUUAAGCGUGAAAUAUACCUGUGAUGUGGAUAGUAUGUAUUUGUAAGGUGCUACAUGUAUGUUCAGACGGAUGUCGCAUGAAGUGUUGAUUCAGAAGGCUUAUUAAUAUCGGUUAUUGCCUUCAAGGCUAAGCUCAACAACAGGUAUGCAUAUAAAGAUAGGAAAUUAUGGGAAUAAACAGAGGUAUUAUCAGCUGAA